CGCAGCGGGCUCCAGGGUUUGCGGCUCAAAGCGGAAAAUAACUGGAAUACUAAAAUAUUCCCUUGUGUCUGCCCAGAGAAGGAAUAAAGCAUAUUUCUAUUGACGCGGACCUUAUUGAAUAUCUUUAAGAGAAUCUGGUGUCGUGGGAACCAUUUGAAUGCCCAGCACACAAUUAACACGCAUAUCAUCAUGAACAGGAAUAAGCGUGAGAAAGAGUAUUACAGUAUAGAUGUCGGAGAUUCCACAUUCACCGUUCUGAAGCGCUACCAGAAUUUAAGACCUAUCGGCUCUGGAGCACAAGGCAUCGUCUGCUCGGCAUAUGACCACAUCUUGGAGAGAAAUGUCGCUAUUAAGAAACUCAGUCGACCCUUUCAGAACCAGACCCAUGCCAAACGGGCGUACAGAGAGCUGGUGCUCAUGAAGUGCGUCAACCACAAGAACAUCAUUGGACUCCUAAAUGUAUUCACACCUCAGAAAACACUUGAAGAGUUUCAAGACGUUUACCUGGUCAUGGAGCUAAUGGAUGCUAACCUGUGCCAGGUGAUUCAGAUGGAGCUGGACCACGAGCGACUCUCCUAUCUGCUUUACCAGAUGCUCUGUGGCAUCAAACAUCUACAUGCAGCUGGCAUUAUACACAGGGACCUGAAGCCAAGCAACAUUGUGGUGAAGUCAGACUGCACGUUGAAAAUCCUGGAUUUUGGCUUGGCUCGCACAGCUGCCACUGGGCUCCUCAUGACCCCCUACGUGGUGACCCGUUACUACCGUGCACCAGAGGUCAUACUAGGCAUGGGCUACCAGGCCAAUGUUGAUGUCUGGUCUGUUGGCUGCAUCAUGGCCGAAAUGGUCAGAGGCAGUGUGCUGUUUCCAGGCACUGAUCAUAUUGACCAGUGGAAUAAGGUGAUCGAGCAGCUGGGCACGCCGUCUCAGGAGUUCAUGAUGAAGCUGAACCAGUCUGUAAGGACCUACGUGGAGAACAGACCCCGAUACGCAGGGUACAGUUUUGAGAAGCUUUUCCCAGAUGUUCUCUUCCCUGCCGACUCUGACCACAACAAGCUCAAAGCGAGUCAGGCUCGAGACCUUCUGUCCAAAAUGCUGGUUAUAGAUGCAUCUAAGCGGAUCUCUGUGGACGAGGCCCUGCAGCAUCCCUACAUCAACGUGUGGUAUGAUCCGAGUGAAGUUGAGGCGCCUCCACCGUUGAUCACAGACAAGCAGCUGGAUGAGAGGGAACACACUGUGGAGGAGUGGAAAGAGCUAAUAUAUAAAGAGGUGCUGGACUGGGAGGAACGCUCGAAAAAUGGCGUAAUCCGCGGACAGCCUGCUUCAGUAGGUGCAGCAGUGACCAGCGGCUCCCAGCAGAACUCCACAUCCUCCUCGUCCUCCAUGUCCUCUGUCCUCGCACUGUCCUCAGAGACAGAAAGCAGCUCGGAGACUUUGUUCUCCUCCUCCUCCACCGGGCCAGUGGGCUGCUGCAGUUGACCAUCACUCCAUCCUUCUCGCCUGUGUGACGUUCCUCCAUUCGUUUUCAGACUGACGCGUUUCUUUUCGGUCAGGGGAAAAAGUCAGAGUAAGGUGGGAGUUUUUAAAAGGCACCUUAAGAAGCUUUUACACCAAACCAGCGUUACUUUGGUCGCUUUUCUUUUUUUGGGGAUGGGGGGUGGGGGGACUCAAUUUAGUGUCAGACUGAAACUACCGCUGCAUCUCCUCAAUGCCAUUUUGAUCAUUUGUAACGGUUGUAUGAUAAAUUUAUAUUUGGAGAGGCUUUGAAUUUCAAGAUUGCUGUGAGCCAAGUCGAUCGCAGUUUAGCAGAAUGGCACAUUGUGUUAAAGACUCAGCUCUUCAGUUCUGUUACUGUUUUAGAGUUAAAUACAAUGCAUCUUGAAUGAAUUUCCACGAUAUUUGUUUAAUAAGCAAAUAUUACUUUAGAGUCUUUCUCGCAUGACUUAAUGCUGAGAUCAGGUCACAACACAUUUAUUCAGUUCUUUCACUAUUUUACAAAAAAAUAUUUAUAAUAGGCAUUUUAACACUUAUUGUCUACUCAUUUUUUUUUUAUUUUUUUUUUUUUGGUUGAUUUUGCUACAGUACUUUAUAGACUCAGUACACCAUUUUGUUUCACAUAUGUUUCUGUAUGUGAUCCAUACUGUACAGGUAUUGAUGUUAAAAUCUAAAAGAAAGUAAAGGGUAAAUUUAAAAGUUAUAUUAUUAUUAUUAUUAUUAUUAUUAUUAUUAUUAUUAUUUUGGUCUUUAGUGCUUUGUACAGCUUGGCCCUGGAAUGUUGCAAGGCCCUUUUAAGGUGAACAGUUGUUGUGGACAUGGAACAUUUGUAAACCCCUAUUUACAAUAUAGGUCAUGUCUCUAAAUGGCACAGUGCAUUCUGGGUAUUCUGGGUAAUGUGUCACCUGGACACUAUCUAUUGCAGUGCAUUAUAGGACUUUGUGAGUGUGCUGGUUAUUUUCCAGUAAGCAUUUGAUUAUGACUCGAAAUACAGGAAAUACAUUGGCGUGAUUGCAGUGGAAUGUAUGAAUAGCAGUAUAGAUAAAGUAAGUUAUGAUUUAAAAUUAUUUAAGAAUAUAGUGAUGUUAGAUUGUACUAAAAAGCUGUCUCAGUCAGAUAUUCUGUUGGUAACGCUUUACAUUAAGCAUCCAUUAUGUGAUGUUAUUCAAUACACAUUACUAUGUACAAACCGUAAACUUCAGCAUUAAUAAUCCAUGAGUAACAUUAAAAAAACAAAAAGUAUUAACACUUGUAUUGAUCGAUGCUAUUUAAAAAUAAUAAUAAUAAACCCGAUAUUCAGCACCUCCAUUAACCAAUGUUCAUACUGGUAAGAUAAAGCCUACAGUGAUGUGAGCAACAUGAACAUCAUCUUAAAGAACAUGUGGUUGUUAACUGGGAAAUUCAGGAAAGAAAGUUGUAAUGUUUACACCCAAACACCAGAAUUCAGUAAGUUAUAAACAUGUAAUAACCUGCUGUAAUUGCUAACAUUAUGCUGAAGUUUAUGGUUUGUUAAUGUUGAAUAAAGCUGUAAAUAAUGUUCGUUAAGGGAACCUUAAUGAAAAGUGUUACCUUACUAUUAUUAUAUAAUUUUUGUAAAGGUGAAAUGGUUUUUAUGUUUUUAUAGAAUUCAGCACAACUCGCUAACCUUGAAUAACCAGCUUUUAUUGCUCUUUCAGUAACUACAUCCCAGAUUAAUGUAAUCGGUAGAUCUGUGACUAGACUUGUAUGCCUGCCUGUUGAUGCAAUGCAAACAAAACAAGUCAGUGCUAAAUCCUAAACCUGUAUGCAAUAGCCGUUUCCUUUUGGAGUCAUUUUCAUGUUCCGUAUGAAAGUGCCUGUGUCAAUUGUUUGCAUAUAACUCCUAAAAAGUCAUAUUUCUUGGAAAUUCCAGAGCAGAUCACAGUGCGUAUGAUGUAUGGAGUGUCUACUUUUUUUUUUUUAAUUGGUCUGAUCGAUUCAAAGACUGUUGGAGUGAUGGCGUGUCAUGCGUACCAUGAUUAACGUGACAGCCUUUGAUUUUGGUAGAAUAGAUUUUAGCAGGAUGUAGAAAAGUAGUUGAAUUGUAAAUGUUCGUGAAUGACAGUUAUACAUUCUUUGGAGCUGAAAGUUUGAAGAAAAGCUGAUGUUCAUGUGGUGGUGAUGGUCUUUGACAUGGUGUUCUAGCAUGUAAAACGUCACGUUAUUGAGGGUUUAUGUACGUAUGUAAGCAGAUAAUACAGAAUGGCCCGGCCAACAAAUUUUUAUGACUCUUGAAUCUUCGUACGUCACAGGGUUCUACACAUUUGCAGAUAGCUUUUCGUUCGUCGUUGUGUUUUUUGUUCUAAGUGCUCUUAUAUUUCUUUGGCCUUCUUUCUGAAGGCAGCAUUUGAUGAAUUUUUUUGAUGGGAUUUCAUCUUUUUAUGAAUUUGCUUUUCUUUUACUUCUUCGAAUGUGAUGGCGCAAUUACAAUACUAUCACAUUACAAUGACAUUAUAAUUCUAAUUAAAGUACACAUUGAUCAACUACCUCACUCCAAAUUUCUACAACGUCUUGGAUAUUUAGCUGCCCAUUAGGUGUCCAGGAUGUGUUAAUACAAAUUCCAUUAUUUAUUUAUUUGAAAGUUUGUCAAUAGUAGAAAACGUCUAGUUUUGUACAGUAUGUAUAUUUCACGUAGAAGUAAAAGGACUGUAAUGUAAAUUUUUGUUGUUCUUUUUUUUUCUUUUUUUUUCCUUUUUUUUUUCUUUUUUUUAAAAAAAAAAAAACAGUUCAUGUGCAAUACCCUCUGCUCUGUUUGCGUAGUGUAAGUGUAUCUAGCUACAGUAUGUUAGCUGUAUGUUCCCAAAGGUAGAGAAAUGUUAGGUACUGUCAAUUCAGUUCAGUUUAAUUCAGCUAAAAUAAAAUGCUAAAUUCAUGAAUUUAGAUCUUUAUUUUUUAAUUUAGUUAUCUGUGACUCAGAGUUAAUUUGUGUCACAACAAAAAGAUGAUGAUCUGGAACUAGACAGAGGUGUAUGAUUUACAUGGCCAAUGGAUCAUUCUAGUAAGGCUGAAAGAAAAAAGAAAAAAAAAAAAUCCCUAAAAGCCUACUUGCGUAAGCUGGUCUAUAAUAUUUGCUAGCAAUACUGGCAAUGCAAAAUCCUUACCCUGUGUGCUCCUUCCUGCAUACAGACUAUCAGAAGUGCACUACUAGAAUAAAUGCACUGGGAUCUCACCAAGCCAAUGUUUAAACAUUACUGCAAAUAAAUACUUCUGUUGGAA